AUGAACUUCUUCAGCGAGGAUGAUUUCCCACCGCUUCCUGUGGAGGAGGCUUCGGUGGGUGUGGAUGUGAAUGUCUCUUUGGCUGAUGCUGUGACCACUGUGUCGACUGGUGCACCUCCUGUUGUUGUCACCUCUCCUCCUGAGGUUGUGUCGCCAUCAGGUGCUCGUCCUGCUCCAGUUGGUGUCCCCAGAGUUCCUGUGGAUCUUUUGACUGCCUUCUGCACGGCUCCCCCAUAUUUGUGUUCUUCACCUGCUGCAUCUGUCUAUGCGCCCUCGCCGUGUGUCCCGGUUAUUCUGGGUGCUGGGUUGGAUAUGGUGCCUCCUCCUGUGCCCGGCCUGGUACCCCAUGUGGUUGAGGAUGCUGCCGUUCUACGGCGAGCGUCGGUUCGCCCAGCUUGUGUUGCCCAUGUCUCAGACAUCUGGAAUCAUAAUGAUUGCGUAUAUCUUAAAUAUUACACCGGCACCCUUGCCACCACAUCCGGCACCCUUGCCACCACAUCCGGCACCCUUGCCACCACAUCCGGCACCCUUGCCACCACAUCCGGCACCCUUGACACCACAUCCGGCACCCUUGCCACCACAUCCGGCACCCUUGCCACCACAUCCGGCACCCUUGCCACCACAUCCGGCACCCUUGACACCACAUCCGGCACCCUUGCCACCACAUCCGGCACCCUUGCCACCACAUCCGGCACCCUUGCCACCACAUCCGGCACCCUUGCCACCACAUCCGGCACCCUUGCCACCACAUCCGGCACCCUUGCCACCACAUCCGGCACCCUUGCCACCACAUCCGGCACCCUUGCCACCACAUCCGGCACCCUUGCCACCACAUCCGACACCCUUGCCACCACAUCCGGCACCCUCGCCACCACAUCCGGCACCCUCGCUUUACCAUCCGUCAGUGACUUCCACAACAGUCACGUGCCGCCAGUCAGUGACUUCCACAACAGUCACGUGCUGCCAGUCAGUGACUUCCACAACAGUCACGUGCCGCCAGUCAGUGACUUCCACAACAGUCACGUGCCCCCAGUCAGUGACUUCCGCAACAGUCACGUGCCGCCAGUCAGUGACUUCCACAACAGUCACGUGCCGCCAGUCAGUGACUUCCACAACAGUCACGUGCCGCCAGUCAGUGACUUCCACAACAGUCACGUGCCGCCAGUCAGUGACUUCCACAACAGUCACGUGCUGCCAGUCAGUGACUUCCACAACAGUCACGUGCAGUCAGUGCCAGUCAGUGACUUCCACAACAGUCAGUCAGUGACUUCCACAACAGUCACGUGCUGCCAGUCAGUGACUUCCACAACAGUCACGUGCUGCCAGUCAGUGACUUCCACAACAGUCUUCCACAACAGUCACGUGCUGCCAGUCAGUGACUUCCACAACAGUCACGUGCUGCCAGUCAGUGACUUCCACAACAGUCACCAGCUGCCAGUCAGUGACUUCCACAACAGUCACGUGCUGCCAGUCAGUGACUUCCACAACAGUCACGUGCUGCCAGUCAGUGACUUCCACAACAGUCACGUGCUGCCAGUCAGUGACUUCCACAACAGUCACGUGCUGCCAGUCAGUGACUUCCACAACAGUCACUUUUUUCUUCUCGACCUCGCAAGUUGUAUUUAA